GCGCAGGAGGCUCAAUGACAGCCGAGCGUUGGCUAAGGCUCUGGGGACAGGGGCUGGCCAUGUUGCACGUGACCCGGGGGGUCUGGGGAUCCCGCGUCCGAGGAUGGCCGCUGUUGCCCCCGCUCCUCGGGCCCCCCCGGGCCCUAUCCUCAUUGGCGGCCAAGAUGGGGGAGUACCGCAAGAUGUGGAACCCCACGGAGCCCCGCGACUGGGCACAGCAGUACCGCGAGCGGUUCAUCCCAUUCUCCAAGGAGCAGCUGCUCCGCCUCCUAACACAGGAAUUCCACUCCAGUCCUGCGGAGAAGGCGGCUUUGGAGGAGUUCUCGGCCCACGUGGACUUCUGCACCUUGUUCCACUACCAGCACAUCCUGAGCCGGCUGCAGGCCUUAUAUGACCCCAUCAACCCUGACAGGGAGACCCUUGACCAGCCUUCGCUAACGGACCCCCAGCGUCUGUCCAAUGAGCAGGAGGUGCUUCUGGAGCUGGAGCCCCUGCUGGCCCAGGCCAACUUCUCCCCACUCUCCGAGGACACCCUGGCCUACGCUUUAGUGGUCCACCACCCUCAGGAUGAGGUCCAGGUGACAAUAAACCUGGAUCAGUAUAUCUACAUGCAGUUCUGGGCCCUGGGCCAGAGAGUCGGACCGAUGCCUCGUAAGUCCAGCGUGGGCUCCAGGCGUAGCUUCUUUCUCAAGUCGUCCCCUGCAGAGAGGAGAUACUUUAAGCGGGUGGUCCUAGCAGCCCGAACAAAAGGGGGCCACUUAGUGCUGAAGAGCUUCAAGGACACCCCCCUGGAGGGCCUGGAGCAGCUGCUGCCUGAGGUGAAGGUGCGCACGCCCACCCUGCAGCGGGCCCUGCUCAACCUCACGCUGGUGGUCUCGGGCGUGGCGGUCUUCGUCAAUGUGGGCAUGGUGGUGCUCACAGACCUCAAGGUGGGCACCUCCCUGCUGCUGCUGUUCUUCGCUGCCUUCAUGGGCCUGCGGGCCUCCAAGAUGUUCGGACAGCAGCGCAGCGUGCAGGCGCUGGAGCUGGCGCACAUGCUCUACUACCGCAGCACGUCCAACAACUCGGAGCUGCUCAGCGCCCUGGCCCUGCGCGCGCAGGACGAGCACGCCAAGGAGGCGCUGCUGGCGCACAGCUUUCUGACCCGGCGGCCCGGCGGCGUGUGCGGCCCGCCGGAUGAGACUUCCCAGUGGCUCCAGUCGGAAGUGGAAAAUUGGCUCCUGGCCCAGACAGGCUGUGACGUGACCUUCAAUGGAACUCGGGCUCUGGGCCACCUGCAAGCCCUGACUGCCAGCAUGGGGACGUACCCUCCCCCGGGUUUCCCCAAACUGGACCGGUUGGCUACAGUCACUUCCCCCAAGACCCCGCCCAUCAGUGACAACCCCUGAGAGAACCCUCUCACAGCCCUGCCCUGCCCUGCCCUGCCACCUGGUUAGGAACUAAGCCCCGCCUCCUCCAGGACAAGCUGUCAGUCACACUACUAUGCUUUACAGCUCCUCAAUUUCCAGUGCCAGGCAAUCGUGUUACAGCCCCAGUCAAGACAGCCUCCGUUGGCUAUCCCCACCCCUUCUGAUGAACAGCGAACCCAAGCUUUUUGGUUCUGCCUCUAGUCUAUUCCAGCUCUGAGUCCCACCCCCUAUGCAAACGACCAAAUUGCUUUCCGCUGAGGAGAGAGUGUCAGCCAAUCACAGCGGUUAACACUACCAACCACCUGGCACAGUCGUUAGGCUGUGCCCUCCUGAGGCUAUAUAUCAUUGUCUUUUUAGCCUGUUCUGGGCAAACUGCCCAUCAUGUUCACCGGGGCAGAGCCCCUGCCCACAGCCAAUGAGAGUCACACUGCCAAUGGCAGCUUCUGGGCACUCAGCUUUUGGGUAGACAGUUGCCGCUGCAUAGAAGCAAUCAGAAUUCCUAAAAGAAACCUGAUCUUUCUAUCAAUCACCACUACUCAUAAGGCAGACCAUCUGGUCAACUGCUGGUCAGCUUGUCCAGGCUGAGGUGGGGUGGGAGCCCAGUGCCAGCAGGAACUGUGGGCCAGGAGGAACCAUCCUUACCCCCAAGAUGCCCUUCCACUCAGGCCCCACAACCUCAGGUGCCUUCUCUGCGCUGGUCCCUCACCCUUUCUAUAGAAACUACCUCGGUCCAGACCGUCCUUCUGCCAGUGGCCUGUGCAAUAUUUAUUGGUCUGUCAAUUCCCCCCUCUCCCAAAUAAAUCAUGUUUAAUAA